AUGAGCUUAUUUACCAAACUGCGGUCUUCGAAGAAGUCCUCCAAGAAGGAGCAGGCUCCCUCAGAGAUCGGGAUUCCCUUCUCGGUGAAGCACAACAUCCACGUGAAGAUAAACCAGAGCACCGGAUGCAUGGAGGGGCUACCGGAGCCCUGGCUCAGGCUCCUGCAGCAGGCCAACAUCAGCUCUUCUGAGCAGAGCCAGAAUCCCACGGCCGUGCUGCAGGCUCUCAAGUAUUACGUCCACUCCAUCAAGAAGAAGCCCGGAGAGGUCAAGUUCAUCACCACCACCAAGACGGUGGACGAAGAAUCCAGGGAAAUCGAAGACUCCAUCACCGCUGCUGACGGCCAUUUAGCUACACCUGUAAAUAUAUCACUACCAGAUCUGGUUGAGAAAGAAUCAGUCCAAGACAAAGAGGUGAACGACGAACUGGACAAGGUGGUCAAGGAAUUGGAGACUUUGGAGACCGCUGAAGUUCCGAGCCAGACGACGGUCCUCAGGAGGAAGCCGGAGAGAAAGAAACUGUCGGACGAAGAAGUCAUGAAGAACCUCAAAACCAUCGUUUCAUCCGGUGAUCCGCAGAAAAAAUACUCCCUCGUGAAAAAAAUUGGAUCCGGGGCUUCGGGGAUGGUGUACACGGCCACAGAGGUGGAGAGCGGUCAGAAGGUGGCCAUCAAGAUGAUGGACAUCGACCAGCAGCCGCAGAAGGAGCUCAUCAUCACCGAGAUCAAGGUCAUGCAGCAGAACAAGCACCCGAACCUGGUGAAUUUCGUGGAGAGUUACCUGGUGGGUGAUGCUCUGUGGGUAGUGAUGGAAUACCUGGAAGGGGGCCCCCUGACAGAUGUGGUGACAGAGGUGCUCAUGAGCGAGGGACACAUCGCUGCAGUGUGCAGGGAGACCCUGAGGGCAGUGCACUUCCUGCACUCCAGGGGCAUCAUUCACAGGGACAUCAAGAGCGACAACGUCCUGCUGGGCAUGGACGGGACAGUCAAGGUGACGGACUUCGGGUUCUGCGCCCAGAUAGCGCCAGAGGAGAAGCGCCAGACUGUGGUGGGCACACCGUACUGGAUGGCCCCCGAAGUGGUGACCCGCAAGCAGUACGGGAACAAGAUCGACGUCUGGAGCCUGGGCAUCAUGGUGAUCGAGAUGAUCGAGGGGGAGCCCCCCUACCUCAACGAGACCCCCCUCAAGGCCCUCUACCUCAUCGCCACCAACGGGAAGCCCCGGAUACGCAACGGGGAGAGGCUCUCCCCCGACCUCAGGGACUUCCUGGACAGGUGCCUCGAGGUGGAUGUGGACAAGAGGGCUUCUGCAGAGGAGCUGCUCAAACACCCCUUCCUGCUCAAAGCAGACAGCCUCUCACGACUCACCCCCCUCAUCAAGGCCGCCAGGGUCAUCCUCAAGAAGUGA